AUGUCCUUGAGCGAGGACCCCGUGAACCGCUACUCUCUGAUAUAUCCUGAAUCGUCCGGUGAGGCACUCAACGCUACGACCGUUUCGAUCCCGAGGCCAUCUUUGACAUCUGUGCUGGAGUCCUCCAAGGACCAGGGCAGCGACCAGAACCAGGCCAAGCACUCAAUGGGGGCUGGUGCAGUAGCUGGCAUUUGUCUUGCCGCUGUUGUUGCUGUUCUCCUCCUCGGCGCCUUUUGGAGAUACUGGCACGCAAAGAGGCGUAGACGGACUAUCUCUAGCUCACGGCAGUCAUCUCAACUGACCUACGCGCCGGUUCUUGACGACUCGUCUGCGCAAGAUACUGAGGAGAGGCCCAAGCAUGAAGUGGAAGUCAAUCCCAUCGCCGAAGUACAUACCGAGCGACGCCUGCUCCCUGGAAGGCUGCAUCCUCUCGGCGUUACUUGGCUUCUAGGCUGGGCCUGGGACAUCAUUCUGACCUUUGUACCUACCUGCUUCAUUGCUCUCGCUCUUGUUUCCGUCCAUUUAGACGAACAGCCAUUAUCCGACUUUGGAGAAAGGGUCGUCGAAUUGACUCGCCUGAGCCCUACAAUAUACCCAAUACUGUUCGCUGCUGUUUCUAGCCGUUUCUACAAGGCCCUUUCCCGGUGGUGCCUGGAGAGGCCGAAUGGCAUUGGGCUGACAACGUUGGAGCAGAUAUUUGGGAGCCAGAGCUUUGCUGCGGCCGUGGAGAGAGUCUUUUUCGUCCGGACCCAGGUUAUCAUUGGCUCAGGGAUUUUAUUGAUCUGGGCAAUGUCUCCUCUCGGAGGACAAAGCGCUUCCAGACUACUCGCUCCUGGGAAUAGCACGACCACAUCAACCAUCGUUGUCUAUUUCUCCGACCCCGGCUCCCAAUUCUUUUCGUUUCCUGAUUUGCUCUCGUUCAGAGGCAAAAGGCGCAGCAUCACAGCCCUGUACUCGUCAACCUUGAUGUCCUCUCAGCAGCAGAAGGGGUCAACAAGAGAUCUCUGGGAGCUGCCAAAGAUCCCACAGUGGUCUCCUGAGAGGAAGAUUGAUGAGUGGUAUGAUGUGGAAGAUGAUGCCUUUACUCGUGGCGGUAGCCAUUAUGCGUCCCUAUUGGGGAUCAAGAUCCAAGGCCUUGACUCCUCAAGCGCCGAUCAGCAAUACGAUUUCACUGUCAAUUCGUCCUACAUGGACUUGAAAUGCGUCUACGCCGGAAGACGAGACAGUGAAGACAGGAUUAGUGAACCUUUCUCGAUUGAAACGAAGACUCCCUGGGGGAAUACCCUCGCUCCAGAGGCAUGGGCGAGAUGGAAGAGUCGUGACGAUCUUCCACCCCUCCAGACCUAUACUAGCGUUGGCGAGGAACCUGCAGAUGGAGGAGAGACCUCUUCGUUUUACCCCAUGGUAAACUGCACUAUGCAGACCAUCACCGUUGAAACAGGCAUACGCUGCGGCCCGCGACCACUGGCAACAAGCUGCUCCGCACGGCGUCAACGUCGCGUAAAGGGUAACCAUGACCCGAACAGGCCCCCAGAACCUAUCCUGAGCAACGCUUUACUUCUAAAUGGGGUCAUGGACUUCUGGCCCCAGGCGGUCGGGGGAGAGGAAACGGACGAGGCUCUAGCAUCGCCAACGGAGAAUUAUAUCAUGGGGGAUCCGCAUCCCUUCGCGGGCCAGCCAUACCGAGAGUGGACGCCAGAAGAUCUCUCUAUCUUCCCUGACGUAUUCUCUCGGCGCUUCACGACAGCCUUUAACACAUAUUGGGAUGCCGCUUUGAACCCCUCUAGCCACACCAAUGUCAUGUUUACAUCGAUCCCGGCCUUUAAUAUUCUCAGUUUGGGUGAAGGCGGAAACAACGUCCAACCUUUCAUGAAUUCCACCAGCGGCACAAGAACUGCAGUUCAUCCUGUCUACAAGGCAAACCGGCUCUGGGUUGCUAUCUUGCUUGCCACAACGACACUCCUGCAACUCUUGGCCCUUCUGGGACUCGUCUUACAGUUCUUCAUCCAUGGGCCAGAUGUGCUAGGAUUUGCAAGCUCUUUAACACGAGAUAACCCAUACGUGCCUCUAGCUCCCGGUGGGUCAAGUCUUGAUGGCCCAGACAGAGCAAGGAAGCUGCGAGAUCUGCGACUCCAACUCACGGAUGUGCGGCCUGAGAGCGAAACGGGAUAUAUCGCGGUACGAGCGGUGCCGUCAGCUCAGGAUGAGAACGAGCAAGAAUCCAAGAUGGAGUGGAGGCCACUUGACCGGAAGAAGCUGUAUGCUUGA